CAUGCGUGAAGCGCACCUGCCUUUACUGAUCAGCAGGAGUUAACCAACUAGUGCACUGCUACACAAAUUAUUGCAAAUGGGACUUGAAAAGAAGAGUGACUCAGACCGACGGGUUAGAUGGAGUGUACAUCACAGAUUUAUUUAGCCGCAAUUAAAUGGGGGCAUUGAGCCCAUCACCGCGGACUACAAGCUGUGACAACUGAUUGUAGAAUGUUGUGGGGUUUUACGCGGCUUCUUUGAACAAGGUAACGUUAGUGAUAUUAGAUAGCAUAACAGCUUUUCCAAAACAUGCACAGUGGACCUGAUAUUGCAGGGAAUCCGAGGAUUUUUUAUUUAGAUAAAUGAUCAUGGUAGUAGUUUUGACUAAUUUAAUUAGAGCAAUCGAUGCUACGUUAAUGUCACACAGGGCACUGUGUUUGCAAACGUUAGAUAGCCAAGUUUGCCUAGCCUAGCUAGCUACAUAAGUUAUAGUUAACGUUAGCUAGACUAAGUUAGCUUAAUCGCGUGUUAGCUAGGCAAUUAACGUUAGCUAUAUUUGUGACGUCCCUUGUUUUUUUCCACUGGGAUGUGUCAGUAUGAAUAGGAAAUAACGAUAACGUUAGUUAUGUAUAUUAUAAAUGCUUCACAAAUGCAGAAAUGACUAGCUAGAUUGGCGUAGUUGGCACCAGGUUACGUAGCACAGCAAACGUUGGCUAAGUUAACCGGUUUCGUAGUUGGCGAAUGUACUGCCCAUUUUAUAUUAGUGAAGAAGACUAUGGCUGACAAGUGCGAAGGAACCGAAAACGAUAUUCUUGAAUAUCAACAACAUCAACCAGCUCGCAAGACUUCAAACCGGCACAUUUUGGUAGUCAACCACCACAGCAUUCAACCUCCCUUUGGCGUGGUGAUUACCACGGUUCUGUAUUGUGCCGAAUUCGUUAGCGCAGCGAUCCUCUGCAGUGUGUACCACAAGACCGAUGAUCAGUUCUGGUUAGGGCUGACCAUUACCUUCAUGCUAGUACCCUCGGUGCUCACUCAACUGACGCUGACUUUUGUACAUCGGGACCUGGGAAGAGACCGGCCCAUUGUCCUUUUCUUACAUCUUCUACAAAUGGGACCGAUAAUGAGGUGCGUGGAGGCUCUGCUGGUGUACUUCCAGGCCGGAAAAAAAGAGGAGCCGUACGUGACCAUCGCCAGGAAGAUCAGGCUGAGGAAUGGCACCGCGGACACGCCCGUGGAAUGGGAGAUCAGCCACUCGGCGCGAAAGCUGGCCACCCACCGCAAUGCCUUCAAGCGCACUGCCGUCAUCCAGGCCUUCCUGGGCUCCACCCCCCAGCUCACCUUGCAGCUGUACGCCAGCAUCCAGGAAAAGUACAUGCCUUACACGCGAGUCGCCCUGAUGGGUAUCACCCUGGUGUCCAUAACCUACGGGGCCCUGGUGUGCAGCGUGCUGGCCAUCCAGAUCAAGUACGACGACUACAAGGUGCGGGUGCGCCCGGCGGCCUACCUGUGCAUGGUCCUGUGGCGCGGGCUGGAGAUCGCCACGCGCGUGACGUCCCUGGUGCUCUGCAGCACCGCGCUCACCUACUGGGUGGCCCCCGCCGUGCUGGGGAACCUGGCCUUCUUCCUGCUGCUGCCCUGGGUGGAGUUCUGGAGCGGGCGGGCCUCGCUGCCCGAGCAGCUGGAGAAGAACCUGAGCAAGGUGGGCACGGCGGUGGUGCUGUGCCUGGUCACGCUGCUCUACGCCUGCAUCAACGUCUUCUGCUGGUCGGCGGUGGAGCUGGACCUGGCCCACCGGGACCUCAUCGCCAAGCGGCAGCGCUGGGGCCACCUGGCGGCCUACUACAGCGUGCGCCUGGCGGAGAACGUGGCCUUGGUCGCGCUGUGGUACUUCUUCAAGUCGGACUUCUACGAGUACGUGUGCGCUCCCAUGCUGGCGCUGCAGCUGAUCGUGUGCUACGCGCUGGGCGUGCUGUUCAUGCUGCUCUUCUACCGGUACUGCCACCCCUGCCGUCGCCUGUUCAGCCACAACGUGGACGACUGCCUCCGCUGCGUCUGCUGCCACGCCCCGCCCCGCCCGGGGGUCUCCCUGACCCUCGCGCCGCUGGUCCCGGCCCCUCCCGACGGCCUCGGCGGCCGACUGGGGCUCGAACGCGAGACGGAUAUUCUCGAUGACAUCACGGAUGCUGCCUGAGAGGGUACAACCCCACCCCCCCCCCUCCCACCCGAGCUUUGGUGCUGGGUGUAAUGGUCACCCCUCUGUCAGGCUUCUGGGCCUAGGUUUGAGCAGUCUGUUCUAGGUUGUUCUGCAGACUGUAAGCUGGUACCCAGGACAGGUCUGCGUCUUGUUUUGUGGUUUUCGCCCGCAGACUUUCCUGUCUGCUGACUCUGUCCGCGAUGGCCUGUCGGGCUUGAGAAUUCUUCGCCGUAUUUGUGUUUCUCCCCCCGUCGGUUUUCAUAAGGUCACACGCCGGAGCUGGAGCAGGCGAAGGCAAGGUGCAGGACUGACGCCUGUUUGGUGGCGAAGUGAGUUUUGCUGCUUUUGUUGAGCUUCGUGUUUCGCUUUUUUACAAAUGUUGACCUGCACAUGCACUGCACUGCCUGCGGACCACGGCAGACGAAAGAAUGUAUUCUUCUGUAUUGCGAUAUGACACAUUGUACAAAGGGAGCCUUCAAAAAGAGGCAUUGUGAUGGAGGCAGCAGUCCAGGUGUGUUGGAUGUGUGCCAAGGGUCUUCAUAGUGGUGGAGUGAGUCAGACUGGUCCGGCCGGAUGGCUCCACCUCCCUCUGAAUGGGUUUUAAGACACAGACCAGACAUCCUUUAAGUAUUUUCUGUGAGGUUAAUGAAUGGCGGGGCCCCCAGAGUCAACAUGCCCGCACCAUUCCUUCCACCCUUGAGCCUGGCGGACAAGGAAACGUGUCGAGGACGACGUGAAACUGGAUGCGGCCUUCCUCAUACUGCAGUCUGCUAUCUGACCGCUCUGUUUUUCCAUAAUUGAGAAAUUGCACGUCGUAGCAGAGCUGGUGCCGGCAGCCUGUGCCCUCUGGCCAAGAAGAUCAGCUGUUUUGAGAAAGUGGCAGCCAGUAUAAGCUGAUUAAAAUCUGUUUUUGAUAAUGCUUUUAUUCACACAGUACAGAUCCACAAUGUUGAUUGUAUUUGUUUAAAUGUUUGGAUCUAGAAAUAUUCUAUUUUUUAUUACGUCAGAGGUUCUAUUUAUUAGAUUUGUUCCUGUUCAUUUUCCAGAGAAACUUGAACGUGUAUUGUUAAAAUAAAAUAAUCUAAUGAA